AUGGGAGGAAACAACGGCACUUCUGUUGAAGAAUUUAUCCUGCUUGGCUUUUCUCACUUUCCUCAUCUUCGACUUUUACUUAUCUGUGUCUUCUCAUGCCUCUAUAUUUGCACAUUACUAUGGAACAGCCUCAUCAUCCUGCUCAUUAUAAAGGACUCGCAACUUCAUACGCCAAUGUAUUUCUUCCUGGCAAAUCUCUCCUUCUUAGACAUUAUUUCCCCAUCAAUCACAAUGCCAAAAAUGAUUACAGAUCUUGUAUCCAAGAAAGGUGUUUUGCCUUAUAGUGCCUGCAUUGCCCAGUUGUAUCUCACACUUACAAGCUUUGCAACAGAAUCCAAUGUACUUUCCGCCAUGGCGUUUGAUCGGUAUGUUGCCAUUUGUAAGCCCCUUCAGUACACAAAGAUAAUGAGUCACAAAAUGUGCUGUAAACUGGCCUGUGGGUCAUGGCUAUUAGCAAGCGUUGUUUGUCUCAUGUUGUCUUUGUUAACUAACAGCUUAGAUUUCUGUUGCCCAAACCAGAUCAACCACUUCUUCUGUGAUCUUCUCCCACUUCUUUAUCUUGCCUGUUCUGACAUUACUUUGACUCUUAUUUUGGUGUAUGCAUCUGACAUUAUUAUUGGGAUAUGCAAUUGUGUGGUCAUUUUCAGCUCCUACAUUAGCAUUGCAAUUGCCAUUAAAAAAAUUAAAUCUCAUGAAGGAAGGAAAAAAGCUUUUUUAACAUGCAUUUCGCACAUUGUGGUGGUCAGUAUGUAUUAUGGUACAACCAUUGUCAUAUAUUUGCACGAAAUUAAGAGUUAUGCUGAGUCCAAAAACAGGGCAGCUGCUUUAAUCUAUACAACAGUUACCCCAUUGCUCAACCCAUUAAUAUAUAGUUUGCGAAACAAUGAUGUAAAGAAUGCAUUAAAGAAAUUUUUUUUCAAAAGUUAUCUGAAAUAA